AUGAGUGAUUUGAUCCUUACUGAACUUAAAAACAAUGCCUUAUGGAUCACACUUAAUCGCCAUAAGAAAUACAACGCCAUCACCUUUAAGGUAUCUAUUAUUUUUAUAUAUAACUUUUCAAAAAAUCAAUAAUUUUAGAUGUUCGACACGUUGAGAGAAGUUUUAUUAAAUGCAGCGGAGGAUGAAAAAGUUUCGUUUGUAGUUUUAACUGGCGGAGAUUGUAAAAUGUAUUCCGCUGGGGCGGAUUUCUCACCACCAGAAUUUGCAGCUCAAUUGUAAGGUUUCACUAGACCACCCACGAAGAAAAAAUGUUUUUUUUUUCAGGGAAGCUACAGAGUCAAAUAUGAACGUUGGAUAUAAACCGUUUGUUGAUGUUUUGGCAGCGUUUCCGAAACCAAUUGUUGCGUUGGUAAAUGGGCCGGCGGUCGGGGUUGCUGUGACGACUUUGGGAUUGAUGGAUACGGUUAUUGCUGUUGAUACGGUAGGUUAGAUGUUUAUCCUCAAUUUUCACAACAAAUUCAGGCCACAUUCCACAUGCCAUUCGCUGAAUAUGGCCUUUGUCCAGAAGCCAUGGCUAGCAAAACAUUGGUUGACACAAUGGGAUAUCAAAAAGCUGCAGCUACAAUGUUAUUCAAUGAGAAAAUCACUGCACAAGAAGCGUUUAUCGCCGGAUUGGUAACCAAAGUCAUCCCAGCUGCUGAUUUCAAAACAGAAACUGCGAAAAUCAUCGAGCGAUACACUAAAUUAUCAUCACAAACUCUUUUGGUUGGAAAACGCUUGAUGAGACCAGAAGGAGAAGUUGAUAAGUUGCUGACUGCAAAUCGAAGAGAGAAAGAAGUUUUGGAUAAAUGUUUCAGUUCGGAAGAUGCGGUUACACGACUUUCGGCCAAAUUUUCUGGUGGUUCGAAAUUGUAA